AAUGAGGCAAACGAGAGAGAAACCCAUUUGAUGGUGACCGUACGCCCAUCAUCACAUCAGGGCCGUCCAUAUCACUCCUGAAAGCCGAGAGAUACCCUACUUUAGGCGGCUCUGGGCACAGGACAAACGGUUCACCGCAACAAGAGCGUUGUCUCCGAAGGCUUGGAGCCGUCGUUCAUUUCCUCACAAAGGGGCAGGGAAAGAGAGAGAAAGAGGGAGAGAUGAGGAAGUUCGAUCCGUGGCCGGUGUUCUUCAGGAGGGAGUUUAACCGGAACUGGCCCUUCCUCGUCGGCUUCGCCAUCACCGGCGCCGUCAUCGUCAAGUUGACUGCCGGCCUCACCGAGGAGGACGCCAAGAACUCUCGCUUCGUUCAGGAGCACAACAGGUGAAAAAGGCUGAUUUGGUGGCUGAUUUGAGCUUCUGUCCAUGAUGAGGCUGGCCAAUUUCCUCAAUGUUUUGCAUAAAAAUUAAACAUGAUCUCAAUGCUUUGUGUCGAAAACUUAUUAGUAUUAUUGAAUCGAGAAUAAAAGACUGAUGGCUGGUAUAUGGACAGUUCCUUGAAGGCUUUUAUUGUAAGUUCAGAGUUUUAGGACUACUAUUUACUCGAACAGUCAUGCAUGUGUUGUCUUGCAAUAAAGGGGAUUAGGUCUCUCAUUUAUCAAUGGAGAUUUACCUAUCUUAUUAUUGGCAUGCUAA